CAUAGUACAGGAGAUGACCAAAGACUGCGGACACAGUACAGGAGAUGACCAAAGACUGCAGACAGUACAGGAGAUGACCAGAGACUGCAGACACAGUACAGGAGAUGACCAGAGACUGCGGACACAGUACAGGAGAUGACCAGAGACUGCGGACACAGUACAGGAGAUGACCAGAGACUGCGGACAUAGUACAGGAGAUGACCAGAGACUGCGGACAGUACAGGAGAUGACCAGAGACUGCGGACAUAGUACAG